UUAGUAGCGUUUUCUUCCUAUGCGACUUCUUUUUGUGAGUUACGUGUAGUAUAAACAGCUCUGCACUAAUUUAGGCAAUCAUGCGUAUUGAAAAGUGUUAUUUUUGUUCCGGACCCAUCUACCCCGGGCAUGGCAUGAUGUUUGUGCGUAACGACUGUAAGAAACCUCUUCUAGGAGACCGAAAACACAAUGUCAUGGUUCAUUGUCAUAGCAAGAAGGAAUUGACUUCCUUGUGUGUCCACCAAGAAAACCAGCUGGCUUCCUGUUACUGGAAGGUUUUCAGGUUCUGUAAAUCAAAAUGCCACAAAAACUUUAAGAAGAAACGCAAUCCAAGAAAGGUCAGAUGGACGAAGGCCUUCAGAAAAGCAGCUGGUAAAGAAUUGACAGUGGAUAACUCAUUUGAGUUUGAAAAACGAAGGAACAUACCAGUCAAAUAUAACAGAGAAUUAUGGAGCCAGACAGUCACUGCUAUGAAGAGGGUGGAGGAGAUCAAACAGAAACGCCAAGCAAGAUUCAUCAUGAACAGGUUGAAGAAGGGCAAAGAGCUGCAGAAGGAGCAAGAUAUCAAAGAAGUCAAACAGAAUAUCCACCUUAUCCGGGCUCCCCAUGCAGGUACCUCGAAGAAACUGGAAGAGAAAAUGGUGCAGAAGUUGCAAGAAGAUGUGGAGAUGGGAGUAGAUGCUGUGUAACACUGUUGGACUUUAUUUAUAACCAGUGGACUAGAGCAUUAGACAGUGUACUUGAGGAAUUGGUUGGCAGGUUGCUGAGAUCUACGUUUUCAUUUUUGUGAAACAAACCUGCCUGACUAGGACUUCUGCUGUUUCUGGUCAACAUGCUUGUGAAGCUUGGCAGUCCUUUACAAACCGCAUAUUCUAUUUGAGUCUGCUGUUGAGCUCAAUUUUUUUUUAUCAUAAAAAUACUUCCAUUGGAUGCAGCAUUGUCUAUUUUUUGUGCAAGUUAGCACCUUUUGUGAUUGUUUUCUGUUGAUUUGUACCACACCCCUUUGCUUUUAUGGAAGGAAGCACUUUUUAUCAGACUUCAGUUUAGAAAGGGUUUGCGCUGUCAAGAUUUUUACAACUGUAUGUUCAGAAAUAAAUGACUGUUUUAGUCUUA